AUGGAAUUGAAACAAUCCAGCCAGAAUAAUACUGCUGGAGAUAUUUCAAUCAAACCAUUCACUUCAUAUGACUCUAAUAUUUAUCUCAAACAUCCUCAUUCUCUCUCAUAUUCUUCUAAUUUCAUUUUUCUUUCCUCAAAUUUUAUUACAAUCGACCAAUCUGAUGCCAAAUAUUAUGACAAAUAUUAUAAACAGCAAAACCAGAGUUCAAAAAUUGACAUUGAUUCAAAAAAUUACAAAUUUUUCCCAAUAACAGAUCUAAAAUCAUCAUAUAUACUCGCAUAUUAUCAAAAAGAAAUAAGAAUCUACAACCAAGGUUUUAAUCUAUUAAAACAGAUUAUUUUCGAAGGAAAUAUUUCUCAUCUUUGCCAGCUUCCAUCAGAAAAGCAGCCAAGUGCUUUAUUCUUAUCUAACAAUAGCAUAUACUUACUAGAUUCCGAUAAAAUUCAAAAAAUUUCAGAUGAUACUUUUGUUGAUGAUAUUUGCGCAAUUUCAUGUGGAACAAUCAUAUACAAAUCCAGGAAUGCACUUUAUAAGCAGAAUGUUAUUAAUAAACAAACUCGAACAGAACUUCCACCUCUUGUUCCAAAUUUUCAAAGAAUUUUAAAGAUAUUCUCAUUUAACUUAGCUCACAUAGGUAUUAUAUCCCAAGACAUAUACAACAAAUCAAUCAUUUUUGUUCAAAUUGUACAUUUUUCCGCUGAUGGAAAAAUAUUGAAAUCAUUUGUAUGCAAACACACACUUUCGCUACAGAUCCCAGAUAAUAUUAACUUUGAUGUUGCAACUUUCACAACUUCUUGUGUUUUUUGCAUUUUUAAUACAAAAAUCGGAUUUAUUAAGUUUUAUCAAUGCCCAAUUCUCAGUUUAUUUAAAGAGAUAGGUACUAUUCCAGCAAUCAAGCCUUCAGAUGUCAUUUCUAUUGAUAUUUCUGAUGAUAAAAUUAUAUUCCAUUCAAAGAAAGCGGAUUCAGAUAAAGUUGAAGCCAAAAUAUAUACAAUUGGCCAUAACCAAUACUCCUUACCAUAUCCAAAUCCACUAGCUCUUCAGUUUAUGGCAGAUCAAAGAAUUAUUCCUUUGAUAAAAGUUGCAGAAACAGAAGCAACAAAUAUAUAUGAAGAAGAAACACAUGUCGAAGAAAGUACUGCAGUUAAACCAGCUGAAACAGAAAAAGUAGAAAAUCAACCUAUCAAAUCCACAAAAGAAGACAAACAGAACGAGCCAGUACCACAACAAGCUCCUCCAACACAAGUACAGAUCAUUAAUCAGCCACAAGUUGUUUCUAAAGCCCAAAUUCCUAAAAUUGAUCCAGAAAUUUUCAGAAAACUCCUUGAAGAAGAGAAAGCGAAGAUAAUAUCCGAACUCAUGACCGAAAUCAAUAAAGAUCUGACCGAAUUUAUUAAAUUCAAACUUCCAAAUGUUAAGAAUUUAAUAAAAGAUGUAAAUACAUUAAGAAAACAAUUCGAAGACUGCAUAGUACAAUAUCUAUUGUAUGAUGCGAGAAUAAAUGCUCAAAAACCCGUAGAAGAAGACGUUUUAUGUGAAGAUGACUCAUCAGAUCACGAAGAACCCACAAAAGAGUAUGAUUUAAACGAAGAACAAUCUGUUGAAGAUGAAGAUGUCUUAUGUCAUUCAGAAAUUUACGAAGAUGCCAUUGAAUUAAGAAAGCAAUUGAAGUUUUCAGUUCCACACCGUAGGAAAACUUCAGUUGCUAGGCGACUCAGACGUAUUAUCCAUUAA